UAACGCACACCUCUUUUUUUUCUCCUUCCGAAACCUUGGAAAAGGCCGUUAUUAAUUCACCCUCCCCCUCUCUCUCAAUUUCCGUGUGUUGACUUUAUCGUUUAUAACAACUUGUAUUACAAUUCGUAUCUUCUCUACCACAAAUUUCAUGACACAACUAAAUGUGCCACAACCAGAAGCAGCUACUACUCAACAAUUCACAAAUUUGACUUCUUAAUACUUAUCCUCAUUCAACUCUCUACACUCUUCACAUUUCUAGCCAAUACUCAUCUCUUCCUUCUUUUCAUCAAGCCAUUGCAUUGUUUUUAGGAGAAUCCAAUCCUUUCAAACAUGGACGAAAUUGAAAUCCCUGCCCAUUUCCUCUGCCCCAUUUCCCUUCAACUCAUGAGGGACCCUGUCACGGUUUGCACAGGAAUCACUUAUGAUAGAGAAAACAUAGAGAGAUGGUUAUUUUCAUGCAAGAACAACACAUGCCCCGUUACUAAGCAGUGCCUAUUAGACCAUGGUCUCACUCCAAACCACACUCUACGCAGGCUGAUCCAAUCCUGGUGCACCCUCAAUGCCUCACUUGGAGUUGAACGCAUUCCUACUCCAAAGUCACCAAUAGACAAAACUCAGAUUGUGAAACUCCUCACAGAAGCAAAAAGGUUCCCAGAGAAGCAACUCAAGUGCCUCACAAGGCUUCGAUCCGUUGCCUUUGAAGGCCAAAGGAACAAAACAUGUUUAGAGUCUGCUGGAGUAAUAGAAUUCUUGGCCACAACAAUGAAGAACAACAACACACAAGAAGACUCAACUGUUCUCAGUGAAGCAGCUAUUGAAGUCUUGUUCCACCUCAAUCUCUCCGAGGCUCGACUUAAAACUCUGAUUAACAACGAGGAAUUUCAUUUUAUCGAGUCAUUGUUUCAUGUGCUGAGGCUUGGAAACUACCAAUCUAGAGUCUAUGCUACAAUGCUGCUUAGAUCAGCAUUUGAGGUAGCUGAUCCAAUCCAAUUGAUCAGUGUCAAAACCACGCUGUUUGUGGAAAUCAUGCGCGUGCUUUGCGAUCAGAUCUCGCAUCAGGCUUCAAAGGCUGCAUUGAAGCUCAUUGUGGAGCUCUUUCCGUGGGGAAGAAACAGGAUCAAAGGGGUCGAGGGUGGUACAGUUUCGGUCCUCAUCGAGCUACUUCUCGGCACCUCGGAAAGAAGAACAUGUGAACUCAUUUUGAUAGCUUUGGAUCAGCUUUGUGGGUGUGCAGAAGGGCGUGCAGAGUUGUUGAACCAUGGGGCAGGAGUGGCCAUUGUGUCCAAGAAAAUUCUAAGGGUCUCUCAUGUGGCUAGUGAAAGAGGGGUUAGAAUUUUGGCCUCUAUUUGUAGGUAUUCUGCCAAUGCUAGAGUGCUUCAUGAAAUGUUGCAGGUUGGGGCUGUGUCCAAGUUGUGUUUGGUGCUUCAAGUGAAUUGCGGUUUUAAGACUAAGGAGAGAGCCAAAGAGGUACUCAAAUUGCACUCGGUGGUUUGGAAGAAUUCCCCAUGUAUUCCUGUACCUUUGUUAUCUUCCUAUCCAUGAUCUAAUUCUGUCAUAAUUCAUAAGUUCUUUUUGUGUACAUGCAUCUGAUGAAAGUGUCUGGUGCCAGAGGUUUUUUAAUUAUACAAAUGAAUCUUAGUAAUCAAGGGGAAAAAAGCUCCUUGGAUAAUUUUUUGUUGAACAUUGUACUCAUCUAAACUAUAGUAUUAAUAAUCAACUACAACUACAUUUUAUUGGGCUUGAUUGCA